ACAGUCUCUAUGUGUGUAUUGUAUGUAUUGGGCGGCGCAUAGAGUCUAUGCCAUAGACUGUCAGUCAUAUAUAGGGUUGCAUUGAGAGUGUGUUUACGGCAUUACAGCUGACGUUGUGUUGAAUGAAUGCAUUAGUGUUUGUGUUUGUGUUGUGUUAUUGUUGUUGUGCUCUUGUAUUGACAAUAUUCACAGUUUUGUCGUCUAAUAUAUCGCUUAUAGUAUUGAAUACUAAAUACUACUGAAGAUAGUCAAGACAUUCAACCAUUAAAGACACUCUUUGUUUAUGAUAUCAGCGAUGAUAUGAAACUAUCACUCAUUGAUUUGCUGACAAUAUAUUAUCGUUAUCUUAAGUUAAUGAGUUAAAUGUCUUUGAUUUACUGUUUAAGUGGUAACACAUAUAAAGACAGUCAAUGUAUAACUCUUUGCUUUCUUCAGCGACUAAGUUGUUGUUGAGUGCAUUGAGUGGUCAAUGAGCUCAUCCGCGAUGCUAUGCCUUAUCCGGUGUCCAAACCAUGUUGUAUUGGAAGUGGAGUGCGAUCACAAAGCCAGAGGACAGGAGUGUAUCGAUAAGGUGUGCCAAAUGUUAGGCAUCAUUGAAGUCGAUUACUUUGGCUUACAAUAUAUGGGACAGAGGGGCGAAAUGUUGUGGAUUAAUAUGAGAAACCAAAUUAAACAACAAAUGACUGGAACUACACCUCCUCUGAGACUUCAGCUUAAAGUCAAGUUCUUUGUUCCGCCACAUCUGCUCCUCCAAGAUAUGACACGACACCAAUUUUUUAUAAGUAUUCUUCAAGAUUUACAAGAGGGUCGGCUUCGUGUUACUGAUAAACAAUUAGUUACAAGACUUGUGGCACUUAUAGCUCAGGCAGAGAUAGGAGAUUCAGAAUCUGAAGUAUCUUCAGCUCUGCUAUUAUAUCGAAAAUGGAUUCCUUUGUCGACACUCGAAGAAAUGUUUUGCAGUUCACCGACAAUGCAGAGGAAAGGCAAACGAAGGAAACACAACUCUGGUUCUUCGGGCAACGAUCUGACCAUUGAUACGGAGGACUCUCUUAGCGAUAUUGAGUCAAACAGCUCAACCACCGACUCAUUUAAUAAUAUAUUCAAUAACACAGAACUUUCAUCAUUAACUAAAUGUAUUUUACAAUAUCAUCAGAAACUACUGUUAACUAAACCAAUGCACGCAAAGUAUCUUUUUCUACAAGAAGUGACAAAUCUUGACGAUAUCGGUGUCGAGUAUUUUCAUGUAAAGCUUAAUAACAAUACUGAAGAUCCCUACAGAAUAGGUGUCGGUCCUAAAGGAGUAAUCAUUAUUUGUGAGCAAACAAAUGAAGUCAAAUACAAUAUUCAAUAUUCAUGUAUACAUAUGGCCACUCAUUCCGGUCGUUGUUUUUUCUUGACUCACAUCGAGACCAACGGUGAGAGUCAAGCACUGGGAUUCAAACUGGAGAGCGCACUGACAGCUAAUGCCAUUUACCGCGCCGUCACUGAAAAGCACGCGUUUUAUAGCUGUGAAACCGUACGCAACACAGUGGCCACUCAGUUCAUACGUGACCUCAAGGGUACCUUUUUUUCCUUAUUCAACGAAAAUACAACUUCGGGCAAGAAUUAUGUGUUUGACAUCAGAAGAACGUGUCGUGAAGUCUAUGACCACACGAGACGAGAACUCUAUCAACUCGAAGCUAUCACUAAAUGCAACGACUUGUCUCAGUUAUCACCACAAUCUGCUGCACCACUUAACGAUCUCUGUCUUGAUUUUGAACCACUUGUGCCCAACACUUCCAGUCUCUGCAAGAAAUCCGAGUGCAAAAAUAUUAAGGAGCGUUUAGAGGCAUUACAAGACUCGAUGUUAUGUCGGAUAUGCUUUGACAGUGAAGUCUGCACUGCCUUUAAUUGCGGACACGUUGUCUGCUGUGACAUCUGUGCCCCGCUUUGUGAUCGAUGUCCUCUUUGUCGAGGACUAGUAAGCAGUGUUCAGAAAAUAUAUUUACCUCUCAGUAGGACUGGUUUACAGAAAAUGUGACACAAUAUGUUGAUAUUAUAAAACAAAAGUUACUAUUUUUUAUAUCAAACAAUUGUUUAACCAAUUUUUGAUCUCAUUGUUCAUUAAACUGACAAUUUAUUAUCAUUGUAUCAAUUUUUGAUUCAUUAUUUA